CAUUGAAAUCGAUAUGUCGAUGCUCACGCUUAUCGGUUAACCAUGUAUCGAUGCUAUUUGUGAAUAAAUAAUAACAUAAAUAGCGCAGACACACGAGCAAAACAUGAGUUUUUCUGAAAAUUCAUCUGAUUCCGACUGGAAAGAGACGAAAAUAAAAGUGAAACUCAACAGUAGCACUGGAAGUGGAAAGCAGAAAUACAGCCAAAAGUUCUGUGAGAAGUGGCUGAGCCUCUUCGAUCCGUGGUUAAAGCGUUCAGCUGAUGAUCCCAACAAGCCCUUCUGCCGAGCCUGUCAGUGUCGACUGGAUUGCAAUCGUUGCCACUUAGUGAGACAUGAACGCACCACAAAACAUAAGCGUAAUCUUGAGUCACUAAUAACAAAAGGCGAAGGGGCUGUGCGAAAGGAGUUGAGUGUUCGCCAGGAGCGUAGCAAAUAUUACCACCAACGAAAGCGAGCGCUGAAACAGGCUCUGAAGCAGGAGCAGGUGGAGCAGACAGAUAAUAAUAAUCCAUUGGAGGAUCUGGCGUCAGUUUUAGUAAAUACCGAAGGAGUCAUAGAAGAAAGCUUACAAAAUUUUGAAGUUAUUGAGACAAGGCCCCAAGAAACGCCACCGACUCCUUUACUGACCACAACGCAGCCAGUAUCAAACAACCAUAGAACACCAAUCAAAACGAGUCCCCGGAUGACUGACUCAACAUCUAAUCGUAAGGAAGGUCUCAAGCUACUAAUGCAAAUUCAACAAGAUAAGAACGAGUUAAUGGAAUCCUUUCGUGAGUUAAUAGGAGUUCAACUACCACAUGCGCCCCCUCGAGAAAAGAAUCAUGUAGACCUGUUCUUUGAAAGUGUUAGCUCAAGUGUCAAAGCUCUUUCGCCGAAACUUGUAGCUGAGGCCAAGAUGCGUGUAUCGCAGCUGAUUUGCGAACUGGAGCUACGAGCUCUGAAGGAUAAUAAUAGUACAAAAAGCGAUUCGACAGAUGUUGAAAUGUCAAUGGUAAACAAUACUUGUUUAACAGAUCAACAAGUUAGUACCAAACAGCAUGGUAUUCCUCAUCAUCCUCAAUUUGGAGGUCUGACGAGGUCGUAAACCCAUAAAUAAUAUUACGUCAUUAGGAUAAUUAGGACUAAUUUUUGUAUAGAUAUUUUAAAUAAAUUUGUAAAUUAACUAUAAGUACAACUAUUGAUGUAUC